GGGAGACGAGCGAAGCCACAGAAGAGUGGCAAGUCAGAAUAAAAUAAGUGCAGAGGCAGGGGAGGAGUCCUUCACACAGAACACUGUAAUAUAAGGAGACAUUUCAAACAGGACGCACAGACUUAGAGAGAGGAAGAGGAACAAACUGGACUAUUCUGCCUGCAAACAACUCUUCACCACAUCAGUCUAUCUCUGCUUUCAAACUGCUGCCACUGGACAAUGACAGAGGAAGCAAAGGUGGAAGUCAGCCUGUCUCCAGCCUCCGGGUCUGAGCCGCAGACUCCACAUUUUCUGCGAGAUGUGAUCUUCCAUGGCAAGUUAAAGCUGCUGAAAGCUCUGAGCCCAGAGGAAAACACCCACUGCCACCAUGGCCUCUAUUUCCAGGAUGGUGAGCGGCGUGUUGACUACGUCCUUACCUACCCUGUGAAGAAGCUGGGUGGGGGCCGCUCCUGUCGACAGUCAGCAUACCUGCUGACUGAAAAUGCUUUUGCCCGUAGCCUACGCCGUGGCCCCCACGGCCGUGGCCCCCACGGCCAUGACCCCCACAAUCAAGAUGAACAUCUUCGACAAAACCCAGCACGGAGGGCAAAAGAUUCAUCGUCUCUGUCAUCAUCACCAGUGGCUGACAUGGACCUUGGCUGUCCAGGAGAGACCAUCAACGUCCAGGAGGAUCACAAGGCCUUCAGGAGGGAGGAGUUUGAGGGGAAACUGAGAGACAUGGGGCUGGAGCUGGAGAAAGAUGAAGAUGCCAAGACUCCAGGGAUGGGCUUCGUGAAGAUUCAUGCUCCCUGGAACGUUCUCUGUCGAGAGGCCGAGUUCAUGAAGCUAAAGAUGCCCACCAAAAAGGUGUAUGAAGUGAAGAAGUCGAGCGGUGUUGUGGGGAAGAUCAGUUCUCUGGUCAGUAAAGUUCUGGAGCCUCUUCACCCUCAUGUUGAGGAACAUCAACCAAAGAACAUCAAACAUCUGUCACACACUUUCUCCAGGGAAAAAGAACACUUGUUUGACCUCUCAGACAAAGAUUACUUCUUUGACAGCAAAACCAGGAGUUCAAUAGUGUUUGAAGUCCUAAAGAGAACAAAAUGCAAGGCCAAGUACAGCAUGGGUAUAACCAGUCUCCUUGGCAGUGGUGUAUAUACGGCAGCCUACCCUCUUCAUGAUGGAGAUAUUAAUGAAAGAGCAGAGCCCAAUGACAGAAAGCUUCUGUAUGAGGAGUGGGCAAACUAUAGUGUCUUCUACAAGUACCAGCCCAUCGGUCUUGUGCGGAAGUAUUUUGGUGAGAAGAUUGGUCUGUACUUCGCCUGGUUGGGCCUGUAUACCCAGAUGCUGAUUCCUGCCUCUCUAGUGGGAGUUAUUGUCUUUCUGUAUGGAUGUGCAACAGUCGAUGACAAUAUACCAAGCAUGGAGAUCUGCCACCCAAAGAACAACAUCACCAUGUGUCCUCUUUGUGACAGAGUGUGCAGCUACUGGAAACUUAGUACAGCCUGUGGAACGGCUCGGGCCAGUCACCUGUUUGACAACCCUGCCACUGUUUUCUUCUCUAUAUUCAUGGCUCUGUGGGCUGCCAUGUUCAUGGAGCAUUGGAAGAGAAGGCAGAUGAGACUGAACUAUGAAUGGGACCUGACGGGGUUUGAAGAUGAGGAGGACCACCCCAGGGCUGAAUAUGAAUUCAGGGUCAUGCAAAAGUCUAUGUGCAAAGAUCAGAAAUCACAGCAGAAGGUGGAAAAGCUCACGUAUCGCGACCGCCUCCCUGCCUACAUGACUAACAUUGUCAUGAUGCUGUUAAUGAUUGGUGUUACAUUUGCCAUUGUGUUCGGUGUGAUCCUCUACCGAAUCUCUACCAAAGCCGCUCUGCAUAUGAGCUCCAAUCCUGUCACACGGAACCAUGUGCAGCUGACAGUUAAAACCACUGCAGCCAUUAUCAACCUGGUGGUCAUCCUCAUUUUGGAUGAGGUGUACGGAGCUGUGGCACGAUGGCUCACUGUGUUAGAGGUUCCUAAAACAGACAAGAGUUUUGAGGAACGACUCAUCUUCAAGACCUUCAUUCUAAAGUUCUUCAAUGCUUUCACUCCCAUCAUCUACAUUGCUUUCUUCAGGGGAAGACUGGUUGGCAGACCUGGCAGCUACCUGUAUGUGUUUGAAUCCUACAGAAUGGAGGAGUGUGCUCAUGGAGGCUGUCUGAUGGAGCUGUGCAUCCAGCUGAGUAUCACCAUGUUGGGAAAGCAGCUCAUACAGAACAACCUAUUUGAGAUUGGAGUACCCAAACUGAAGAAGCUGAUUCGCUACAUUCGGUCCAAACAAGGUGCUUUUCAAGAAGAAGAGAGACAGAAAAAGCUGCAGAGAUAUGAAACCGACCACUUUCUGGAGCCAUUUGCUGGAUUAACACCUGAAUAUAUGGAGAUGAUCAUCCAGUUUGGUUUUGUGACAUUGUUCGUGGCGUCCUUCCCCCUGGCUCCACUCUUUGCUCUGCUCAACAAUAUUAUUGAAAUACGACUUGAUGCCAAGAAAUUUGUGACUGAAUUGCGAAGACCAGUGGCAGCAAGAGCCAAAGACAUUGGUAUAUGGUACAACAUACUCAGAGGGGUAGCAAAAGUGGCUGUCAUCAUUAAUGCAUUCGUCAUCUCCUUCACUUCAGACUUCAUACCCCGGAUGGUCUACCAGUACAUGUACAGCCCAGAUGGCUCCAUGCAUGGAUUUGUCAAUCAUACACUGUCCUAUUUUAAUGUCAGCCAUUUCCAGGAUGGCAAAGAAACCAUGGAUCCACUGCACCUUGGCUACACCGUUGAGAUUUGCAGGUAUAAAGACUACAGAGAACCUCCAUGGUCAACCACUCCAUAUGAGAUCUCCAAGGAGUUUUGGGCGGUGCUGGCUGUCCGACUGGCCUUUGUCAUUGUUUUCCAGAAUGUUGUGAUGCUGAUGAGCGACAUUGUGGACUGGCUAAUUCCAGACAUCCCUAAGGACAUAAGCCUUCAGAUCCACAAGGAGAAGAUUCUAUUGGUUGACCUCUUCAUGAAAGAAGAGCAAGGCAAGGUGUAUAUCCUGGAGAGCAGGGCCUCUGCAGGGGGCAAGGAGAACUGCAGCAGGAGCAACAACAACAGCACAAUGGCUCAGCCUCGCUCUGUACUGCACACCAAUAGCACCAAAAACCUCUAAUGACAGUGACUCACAGUGAUUCUUAGCUCAGUCAAAACUGCUUGCAGUCUGCCUCUCAGGCCGCACUAAACUCUGUUUUUGUUCGUUCAGAACAUUCCAACAACCAAGAGAGCAGCUGGCUACAUAAAGAGACAGCGUGUGGGGUUCCAUGUGUGCAAAAACAUGUAACAAUAUGUCCCCAUACACACUGUCUAUAUCCACUCAAUCCAUGUCUAAUCAACUUUAAACUGAGACUUCAGUUGUGACAAAACAAUUUUAUAUCAAAUUGUUUGUGUCAAUUCCUCAUCUGACUUUUGUCCGUCAAUUCAACUUCAAACUGUAAUGAUGUUGUAAAUUCAGUCAUGUAGACUCUUUAUGCCUCAUUCCCUCACAGUUCUCUCUUGCUCUCUCAGUCUCUCACCGCACUUCUUGUAAUCAGCUGACUAGAGGUUUUCAGUAACAAAUCGGAUUUCACACGAUUUCAACCAUCUCAUUGUCACUGUCAAACUUUAAAAUCAGGGGCUGGGACUUAGACUGAUCUGUAGUGUUGGUCCAUCCUGUUAGUCAGACUGUUUGACAAAAAUAAAGACUCAUUUUAGGGUCAUUUUAAGACAAAUAUAUUAGACUCAGGCUACCUGAGGCCUAAGACCAACGUUACCAUGGUAACAAUCAAUGACACCUGUGCUGAGCAGUAGCUAACAAUAAAAAACAGGAAAACAUAGCCCAUAAUUUGAGUAAUGAGAAGAGAAAUAAUGUUUUGAACCUGUAAAUCCUUCCAAAAGACAAACAUUUUUUGGAGCUCAGCAGUUGGAUGUGGUUCCUCGGCUUUAAGUCUAAAUUUACCAAGAAUUCAUUGUACCAGUCUGUCUUGCAACAGUCAAGAACUAAACUGCUUUGUAUAACAGAUGAAUUCAUACGUCUAUCUGAAAUCUGACUACUAGCCAACUUCUUCGAUUGAACUUUUUGAGGAUGUUGUGUAUGUCGUCCUGAUUGGUAGUUUAAACAACACAGCACAACACAACAACAUAAUCAGAUGACAUAUCAGGAGACAUGUAAAACAACAAAGUCUGACAACAGGGAGCGCAACAAGAUGACAAAUGUACAGUUUGAAGUUGAAUGUUGAAUGUUCAGUUGACAUGCACAUGUGGAUAUAUUUUUGACACAAAUGGAACCCCAUAUGAAAUAUGUUGUGAUUAUAUAGUGAAAUAUGUAUGUAGACUUUUGUAAAUGUAUACAACAAUUUUUAAAUGUGCACUCAAAUUUGUGAAUCUGUACAGGAAUCUUUAAUGUGUAUUCAGCUUUGUCUAAUGAGAUUUGAGAAUGUGUACAUACAUCUUUAGAUGCACACACACAGAUUUUGAGAAAACUGCUCAGAUUUGUUAAGGGUACACAAAUCUGUAAAUGUUUCAUUACAUUACAUUACACACCUGUCUAAGAUGUACUCAAGAAAGCAGUUAAGUACUGUGGCCAAAGCUCAACAUACUGCAGCUAAAGAAAACAAAUGCAAUCAGACAAAACACUAACAAAUUCAGAAAACAUCUUCUUCAGUUUGAAAACACAUGAGCUGCAAAUGUGUUUCCAGGGGACACUAAAAAGUGAUUAACCCAGUAAGGAGGCACUUGUUGUUCAAUGCUUUUAACAUCAAAAGUCACAAUUAGGCAAUAGACAAGUUCCAGCCAGGUUCAUCAAUUUUUUCCUUUUAGAGAGAGAAAAGAUGAUAUGCAGCAAAGGGCCACAGGGAAAGGGACACUGUGGUUAGGAUUACAUCCACCAUGGUGCGCACUCUACCAGGUGACCCCCACCCCCACCCACCUCCAACUAUCUCAAUGACUCACCUCUUCUAUUGAACCGUGAUGUUUAGCCCCCUUAACAGAAGGGGGCUUAUCUACAUUUUGUGUAUGAAACAGUAGAGCCUGCAGUAAACAAACAUCAUCAUUAUUAUUAUUGUUAUUAUUAUCAAUUUUUUUAUGUUUUUUAAUUAUAUGUAAUUAAAAGGCUAUACAGGUUGUUAUGUUAGUGACAGCUAUGCAAGAACAUUUAUCUUUAACUAUCAUUUUAGUAAGCAACCUGCACCAGGCUAGCCCUGUUUUAGUGCAUGUUGUGGCAGUAUGUCUUUAUUGUCAGUGGACACAUCAGCCCCAUUUUGUAACAUAACUCUAUAUUUUAUAAUGUGAUUCAGUGUGCCCUAUGCAACUUCUGGAGGGAAAGAAAAAAAAAACAGUAUGAAUAAGAAUGAGUAAGAAUGUGACCUGUCAGAAGUUUUAAUUCCCCAUGUCCCACAAAACCAAAAUACCAACUACGUCACAGCUAGAGAAACCUUCUGACAUUAGCUUGGAAAAACAUAUGAAAGGUCACCAAACCUGAUUUGGCAGUUUAUAACAACCAUGUAUUUGACAUUGUGCCAUCCCAAGGAGAACCUCACAAGGUUAUUUGGCCUAGAGAUGGACUGCAACACUGUCUGAUUGCUCCCCAAUACAUUUCUAUGAAAAGGAAAAUACUUGUUUUAUUCUACAGAAGUGUUUCAAACUAUUUUGAAUUUUAAUGUGUCUGUAAUGUUGCCUGAAAUACAUCAUCUUGUAUUGUGAGCAAAUCAAUAAUGGUGUCUCCUGCUUGAUAAAAUAUUGAAAUGAGUUGUUGUUGACUCUAAAUAAAUAUAAUAUUUGUAUAACAA